UGCCGAAGUUGGUCGAAGCCGGCCGAACGCCGCGAAGCCGGUUGUCGCGCUCCUCGCCAGAUGCGAUGUCGAGUCAGUAUCGCGUCAGUCCUCCAGCGGAAUUGGUCAGUGAUCUGUGUCAGAGCAGGGCCAGUCGUCACUCUCCUUUUCUCUCCGCCGGUUAUUUCGUCUUUUUUCGACAUUUUUCCGUCCGGCGCACAUUGAAAUACGAAACGGUGGUUUCACGUGAUUUUCUCGUAUUUGUCGCCUCGGCUCGCGAACGCAUCCCCUUUUCGUGGUCUCGGGAACAUACGCCCGGUAUCUACGUAUACUUGUAGAAGUUAGAUACGUAUAGUACACAUACAGUAAUACAGUGCCAUAGUGGAGUUACCAGUGGGGAAAACAAAAAUUAGUUUGCAAGCGGACGUGCCUCACGGCGACCGUCGUUCACCACGUUCUGGAUCGGAGGCAGUGGGAGCAGGAGGCGAUAGGAAAUCGAAAGGAUCGACCACGAAAGGAGGAGAGCGCUAAUAUUGUCGAGUCGAGGCGACACAGGGAGGAGAGGCAACAAAUGGAGCAUAGAGGCGCGGCGGCGUCGGAUCGGCAGUAGCGUCACCCUAGUCGCCGGGGCCCUGAGCUGAAGGGAUCGGACGCGAGAAAGCUGGGCGGCGUUGCAGCGCGGCGAUGGCCGCGACCGACGGUCAGAUCGUGGUUGCGGCGGCGCGCUGGGCCGAGGAAGCGACCUACCUUCGCGAAUUCGUCUCCAAGUAUCGUCUACCCGCGGUGAUCAAGAUCACGAAGGGCCAGUACGGGGGGUUGGGUGUGCCCACCCUGCCCGCGCCCAGCCUCCAGAGCACUGCCCUCCUCGUGUCGGCGGGCCGACGGCGAAAGAUCGUCGCCCAGGCGGUGAAGAUCAAGGAAGGGAGGAGAGUGGUCGGGGUCGGGCCCAGGCUCGCCAUCCCCGACUCGUACGCCGGCUACUUCGAGAUACUGAGCGAGGAGGGUAGGGCGGUCCGCGGUAUAGAGUCGGUGAACGAGCUCUGCCGCCGAUGCCCCGAGGAGGGCGCCCUCGUGCGGGAGACGGUGCGCGGCAUAGCGUGCAGGGUGGACGACGAGUCGGGGCUGGUUGUCCCGGAGGGGACCAGGACCUUGGCCGCUGGCGAGACGAUCGUGACGGCCGGGGAGGUGAGCCUGCCGGGCCGCGGACGAUUUCUCCGUUGCGUGGACUGUCGGGGGGAGAGCGUCCUCCUCGGUAUGGAGCAGCGGGGCCGCUUCAGCGCGGUGGCGCGCGAGGACAACAUCAGCGGCGUGCACACGGCCCGCGCGUUGCUCAGCAAGCGGCUGCCGCUCACCGUGAGGCUGGUCCACGGCCAGCCGCCUAGGGGGCUCAAGUCGUCGUCACAGUUCGUGCCCGAGCUCAGGCUGUUGUCCACGUUCGAGGAGGAGCACGUGUUCGCGUUGCCGCUGCAGAGGGAGGGGGCUGCGGUGGCGUUGCCCCUGGCAGCCCCGUUGAAGCUGGUCAAAGCGCGGAACGAGGAGGCGCUCAGAUCGAUGCAGGAGUUCAGCAGGCUGGUGGAGCGGGCGUCGCGCCUCGUCGCCGACGUGGCGGACCGGGCCCACGUGCUGGACGGCCGCCUGGGCGAGAGCAAGCAGGCGAGCAGGCAGUCGAGAGGUGGAUCGGGUUUCCUUAGGCGAUCCUCGGCCGCCAAUUCGGACAACAACAACGGGCCCCUUCCUCAUCACAGGGGCAACGCGGCCGCCCACCACCAUCACCACCAUCACCACUAUCACAGCAACGGCCACCAGCAGCAGCAGCAGCAGCAACAGCAGCAGCAGCAGCAGCAGCAGCAGCAGCAGCAGCCGCUCUCCUCCGCCCAUCCCGGUUACGCGAGGGACGAGAAUCGCGUGCCACCCUCGGCGUGCACCGAGGAGUACGACGAGAUCGAUCAGAUUUACGACUACGUCCGCGGCUUCGCUCCACUGCCGAAGAGCGUGAGGUCCCCUUACGAGAGCCCGCUGCCGCAGCAGGGGUCGUCCAGCCCGCCCCUGACCCCCGUCACGGUCACCAUCGCGCCCCUGCUCGACGACAGACCGGAACCACCCCCGAUAGAGACGAUACCGACCAAGAAGAUCCAGGCCGAGAAGAGGACGAGGCGCGCGGUGAAGGAGGCGCCGCAGCCGAGGGCCGAGAAGCCCCCUUUGGCCAAGCUUUACGUGAAGAACAGCGGCACGCAGAGGGGGCGCCCUCUGAUGAGGCAGAAGAGCGCGUCCCCUUUGAAGGAGACCCCGCCCGGGUACAAGGGGGGUUCCCCCCUUUUCAACAUCAGAUACAAGAGCUUGACGAAUCUGCAGCAGGCCAUGGAGCUGGACGGCACCCUCGACUCGAGCCACUCGGGGGGGAGAACCUCGGGGGACUCCGGUGCUGGUGCUAAGCUGCCCGAAAAGAGAUCGAGGCGUCUAAGCAGACCGCGCUCCCUGACGAAUUUAGUGUGGGAGCUGCGCGGCGGAAGCGGCCUCGGCUGCGCGAGACCGGAAACCCCGCCGCCGGCCACCGCUGCACCUCUGCCGCCCACCAAAUGCGGACCACGUCUGGCCGUCACCGUGGUGGCACCCCGACGCGUUAGCACGCUCUACCUCUAACUCAUUCGAACCGACGAAGGAUUAAAGAAGGCAAAGAGCGGUCCGGAUGGGGCGUCGAGGAUCUCCGAGAUGUCUUCGAUUAAUCAAAAACUCGUAGCUCAAGCAAGGAGGGAGGGACGGAUCUAGGAUCCGUCGAAGAUCCCACCAUUUGUCCUCCUUUUUUUUUUUUUUUCUUCUUCUUUUUAAUCCAUUGCAGCCAUUGCGACCACCAAUCGAAAAAUCUGACCUUUCGAAAUAUCCAAUUUUCGCAUUGGAUCGCGAGAGAUCGUUAGAAACGAGGAAGGAGGAAGAGGAGUCGCUAUAGGACACUGCGACACUUUCCACGAUCGAAACUUUGGAUUCAACUUGAAGACGACGCUUGCUGGAUGAAGUUACUCGAAGGAAUCGAAAGUGGAAGUCGGAAGACAACGCUCACAAUUCGUGAUCCAUGAAAAAGAUCCGAGUUUUUCUAGCUUGAUCAAAUUAAUUAAAAGUAAACGAAAUGAAAGACGACGAAAAAGAAAAUUUUGCACGAAUGAUCUUUAAAUCCUUUUUUUUUUUUUAUAAGCUUCGAAAUACUCGGAGCAUGUUUCUAAUGGAUCACGAAAAACUGGAAGAAAAUUCAUACAAGAUAACGAGAGCAGCGUUAUUUUCGAAACAAAGAAAAUGAACGAGCAAAUUCAAAAUGGUCCAUCGAUCGAUGAAACCAAUGUACGAGGGAUGAUUUAAUGAAAUCGCUUCUGAUAAAAAAAAAAAAAAAAAAAAAAAAAAAUAGUAAGCGGUAGAAAAUAUGAUAUCGAUUCUGGAAGCGAUACUCGGAUAGCGGGGAAAAAUCAUCCGACACAAUCAUUAGCAGAGAGAUACGUGCUAACACGCGCCGUUAGUUAAUCUAAUAGGAAGCGUAGUUAAGGAUUAUAAAUGCCAUAAUAAUGACCAACUUCUUGUGGUUGUACUUAAGUCAUAUCUUUAUACUUUACUAUUUUACGUUUAAGGCCAAUUAAGUAUGUAAGUUGCAUAAUAUUUUACUAUCGGAGUAUCUUCGAGUUAAUUGCUAGGCAUUUAUUUCUUUAUCUCUUUUUUGUUUGUUAUUUUUUUUUUUUUUCAUCGCGAUGGUUUCCGGUACCGGAAGUGAUUAUAUUCCGUGACGAUAAUCGUCGACACACUGGACACAGAUGUAACGAAUUCAUCGUUUCUUUUUUUUUUUUUUUUUUUUUCCUUUCUUCGUUGAAAGGAGGCUUCUUUCUGAUGAAUAUUCGCCUUUCGAGAAGUUGACAAAUUACCGAUCGUUUGUCACAGCUACGUCUUGAAGUUCGGCGAACAUUCUACUUGUUAUUCACAGAGACCGAUGAAAUAUUAAGAAAUUAUUCUUUUGACUUUCAUUUUUUAACCUCGGUCGAUAACCGAGUAAAAAUUCGAAUGUGCAAUGGAUUUGUUCUACGAUCUGUUGUUAGUCGGUACGUACUUGCAUUAUACUGCGUCCAGUACUCUAAACGAAAUCGUCAAAGGCCUGUGACAUCCGACAAUUGCGCAAAAGAACUGCUUAACGAACUCUUUAUCGGAAAUCAGGUAUCGAGACCUGUCGGUUAACAGUCCUGGCCAGACCCAAGACGCUCUGGACUUUGGUCUUUUGUGAUUAUUAUUUAAGUAGGUUUUAAGCGUAUGAUAGAUUAGCUGAAGUUUUACAAUGUUUCUCUUCUAUAUUCUUUUCAAAAAACUCCGUUUCGCUUUUAUCCUUUUUUUCCCGUCGAUGAAAUUUUGCGAGCGAUAAAUAAUCAGCGAAACUAUAAAUAAACAAUGCGAAUGUAGUUACAAACAUCGUUUGAAAGAAUAGUAAUAAUAAUGGAGUUCGUGAAUCUAAAAGAAAAUCAAGCGAGAAAAGAGAUACAUUUAUACGAUUUAAAUAUACCGCCAAGACCAUUGCCUCUUCGAUUUUAGAGCAACGGAGCAAAGUAGAACCGAAGAGUUCGAUUCAAAUGAUGAUAUGAGAGUUAAUUUUACGAUAAGAAUACGUUUUAAUCCGUAUGUCGAUAAUAUUUCUUACAGUUCUCUGUAACAUAAGUUUCCCUAGUUAUAUAUAAUGUUAAGAAGAUGUAGAUUUUGGAUUCUCAUGAUAAACAUUCUAUUUUGCGUAAUGAAUACGAGUAAGAAGGCACUCGGUCCCCUUUACGAUGGAACUCUGUGCGUUAUAAUUGUUCGUGGAUAAAGAAUGAAUAUUUCGUAUGUCGACGUUCGCCGAGAUUUUGCCAGGAGAACAGAUUGCGAUGCUACCAAUUCAUCGCAUAAAUAUCCCUAUAUUACAACUUAUCCCAUAUCUCUGUCCUCCUUUACUUUGCGUUCUUUCUUCUUUAAGGUUAGUUUUUUUUUUUUUUAUAGGGCAUUGGAUGUAUCAUUGUCCAUGUUUUCACGUUGUGCUUGACCAAUGUGAAAUGAUGUUUCAUUACGACGAUACUGAGAUGGUGCGUCGAUUUUCAUUAUAUUGUUCGUGUUUUCAUGGCGAAAUACUCGAUGCGUAAGGGUCGAGGAUCGUUGUGCCUUCGAAUGCACCUGUUCGAAUGAUACGUUUUAUCGAUAAUAAGAACAGACAUCCACUUUGUGAUUUCGUAAGCAGUUGUUCAAUGUUUUCUUUUUUUUUUUUUAUACUUUCCUUAAUGCUUAUCUAGAAUAGCUUGUAUACCCUAAAGAGUGUUUCAAUAAAAGUGACAAUGAAAUCAAA